AUGUCGGAAGCGCAGGCUCGUGCUGAUGAGGAUGCUUACAUGGCCGACGUCGACAGCAUUCUGGACGUGCUCCGGACGCAUGUGCUGGAACGGAAGCCAGAUGACGUUUUCCAGUUCCUCUCCAAGUCGGCGCUACGUCUGCAGAAGGACAGCGGCGCCGAAUUGUGCGAUCGCAUCAACUGUAAGGUAAAGGAUGAACAGAAGAGCCGUGCAUUGUCUAUCAUCGUAUUCGGUGCCAGCGGGGAUCUGGCUAAGAAGAAGACAUUUCCUGCCCUCUUCGAUCUGUACUGUGGCGGGCUCCUUCCCCCGGAGGUCAACAUUAUCGGCUAUGCUCGCACCAAGGUGGAGGAUGUCGAGAAGUGGAAGCAUGAGACGCUCAUGAAGUAUUUUUCGAAAGUGUCGGAGCGGGAAUGCCACGCCGAGGACUUCUUGAAACACAUCAGCUACUUUUGUGGAGCGUACGACAAGGUGGACGACUUCAAGCGUCUUGACGCGGUGAUUCGAGAGAAGGAGAAUGCCUUUAAGGGCCCUGAGAAGGGUGGAAACCGUCUCUUCUAUCUUGCUCUUCCGCCCUCAGUGUUCGCAAUUGUCUGCGAGCACAUUCACAAGGGGGCGAUGCCGCAGGAAGUGGGGGGAUGGGUGCGGGUGAUCAUCGAGAAGCCCUUUGGCCGCGAUACCAAGAGCUCCGCCGAGCUUUCCCAAGCGCUGGAGCCGUUCUUCGACGAGUCGCAGCUGUACCGGAUUGACCACUACCUCGGGAAGGAGAUGGUGCAGAACAUCAUCACGACACGCUUCGCCAACCGUAUCUUCAGCGCUGUGUGGAACUCGAGCAACAUUGCGUGCGUGCAGAUCACGUUCAAGGAGACCAUCGGUACCGAGGGCCGCGGCGGCUACUUCGACAACAUUGGCAUUAUUCGCGAUGUCAUGCAAAAUCACCUCACCCAGAUUCUUGCCCUGCUGGCCAUGGAGAAGCCGCGGUCGCUGGACGCUGAGUGCAUCCGCGACGAGAAGGUGUCGGUGCUGAAGUGCAUUGAGCCAGUAACUAAGGAGAAUUGUGUUCUGGGCCAGUACACUGCCUCCGCCGAUGGCUCCAUGCCUGGUUACCUACAGGAUGAGACCGUACCCCGGGGCAGCACUUGCCCCACAUUUGCCGUGAUGCGGCUCAACAUCAACAACGACCGCUGGGCCGGCGUCCCUUUUAUUCUCAAGGCUGGCAAGGCUGUGGAGCAGAAGUACGUGGCGAUUCGCAUUCAGUUCAAGGACGAGGUCCACCCCUACGGCGAUGCGACACAGCGCAACGAGCUCGUCAUCCGCGCUCAGCCGUCCGAGGCCAUGUAUGUCAAGAUCACCACAAAAGUUCCUGGCCUUAGUGGGGACUUACGGCAGACGCACCAGACAGAGCUGGACCUUACCUACCACACCCGGUACGAUGUGCGCCUUCCAGACGCCUACGAGAGCCUCAUCAACGACGCACUGCUGGGUAACUCGACAAACUUUGUGCGUAAGGACGAGCUCGAUGUGGCAUGGCGCAUCUUCACACCGCUCCUGCACCAGAUCGACAAUGGAGAGAUCCAACCGAUUCCGUACCAGGCUGGCACGCGCGGGCCCAAGGAAGCGGAUGAAUUCAUCAUCAACAACGGCUUCAAGCACCAGAAAGACUACCAGUGGACUCCCUCGAACAAGCUGUGA